UUUUUCAGAAUGGGGCGACACACGGAGAGUCGUUUAAAAUUGGCAACAAAAACGAAAUUAGCCGAAGCGGAACACAAAGUCGAUUCAAAAUUGGCCAAAACAAAUGCGAAUGGCCAUAUAGAGUGCAUUAUCUGCAAAGUCACACUGAAGUCGGCCACUUUAUGGAAAGUGCAUGUGAACUCAAAGCUGCACAAGGAGCGAAUUUCGCUGGUUAAACAAAUCAAGUCCACAUAUAAAGGCGGUCCUGGCCUGUCAGCUGAAGCUGCGCCAAAACCAGCAACUAAAAUUGCUCCAAAAAUAGAAGAGAAGCCGCCGCGUGUGUGCGCCGUAACAGAGAAACAAUUAACAAAGUCAGCGCCAGCACCAGCUGCUCUUGAAAAAUCAUCGCCAAAUAAAAUCGAUACUCUAUUGCCGGAAAAGUUUUUCGACGAUCCCGUCAAGGAUGCCAAAAUUCGCAACACAGAAUAUAAAGAUCCGCUUACAGACGAAUGGGAACGUUUUCAACGCGAAAUUAGAGAGGCCUCUUCGGUGUCUGUGGCCAUUAUUGCGGGAGAACAAAUUGAAUCUGCGUUUGAUAGAGAUAUCGACGAAAUCAAUGAUCAAAUGAUACAUUGGUCUAGAUUUAUGAAUCUUGAGGCACGAAAGGGAACACUCAGAGGCACGAAAGAGCAGAAAUCCGAAAAUCAUAGCUCCGAUGAGAACGAAAGUGACGACGAAGCAACAACGGAAUUUUCUGACUGGCGUUCCAAGUCAUUUCUUUAACCAAUUAUGAAGGAUAAACGUAUUUGAUUUUAGUAGUAAAUAUUUAUAAAAUAUUUGUUAUUUUUGUUUGUAUGCAUCCUAAAUUUUGGAAUAAAUUUGCGUUUAAGAUAUGCUGUAUACAUAAACAUUCGAAUUGACACAAUUUACUUGAAAAGUUAUCAGGUGAGGGUACGUAGCAAUUUAAGAAAUUAACAUUAAAAUCGGAUACUUAAUGGGAACAUAACAAAUUUGGUCGAGUGAUAGCGAAGUUUUAGACCAGGCGGUUGAUUUUAGUGCGAUUUUUUCAAUUGAAUGCUGGAUAACGUAGUAAGAGCUGCCAAUUGGCACACAGUAGAAAAUAUCGGAAAAAAUUAGUAUACUUUUUA